GUUAUAAAUGGGAGCCAGUGAGAGGAUUGAGAGUCUGCCUUCCAAAGGGAGGGACCUGUUUCAUUUUGGUGAGAUCCCCGAGGGGAAGGUGUGUGGCAGAAUGAGUGCCAAACCGAAGACCUCCGCUGGAAUCAUCUGGGCUCCUUUUUCAAAAGGACAGGCACGCGAAGGAACGGAAGAAGGGCCGGCAGUGGUGAAGGAAGCUGGCCUGAUUGAUAAACUAACAGCUCAAGGGUGUGAUGUUAAAGAUUAUGGCGCCUUGCAGUUUGAUGACAUUCCCGAUGACAGACCAUGUCAUAAUGCAAAAAAUCCCAGAAGCGUUGGGCACGCAAACGAGAAGCUAGCCAGCGCUGUGGCAGAAGUGAAGAAGAGUGGAAGAACCUGUUUGGUUGUUGGCGGGGAUCACAGCUUGGGAAUUGGAAGCAUAUCUGGCCAUGCAAAGAUUCACCCUGAUCUUGGUGUAAUUUGGUUUGACGCCCACACUGAUAUUAACACUCCAUUGACAUCGUUAUCUGGGAACAUGCAUGGGCAGCCUGUGUCUUUCCUUCUGAAGGAACUGAAGGACAAGAUGCCUGAUGUUCCAGGAUUCUCGUGGAUAACCCCGUGCCUGUCUGCUGAAGACAUUGUGUAUAUUGGACUAAGAGAUGUGGACAAUGCUGAACACUGUAUUCUGAAAUCUCUGGGUAUUAAAUACUAUUCGAUGACUGAAAUAGAUCAACUUGGGAUUCAGAAGGUGAUGGAAGAAACACUUUGUUAUUUGCUGGCCAAUAAGAAGAGACCAAUUCACCUAAGUUUUGAUGUUGAUGGCUUGGAUCCCUCUCUGGCACCAGCUACAGGCACCCCAGUUCCUGGAGGAGUGACUUUGAGAGAGGGUAUCUAUGUAGCAGAAGAACUUUAUAGAACAGGGUUGCUAUCAGCAGUAGAUAUAAUGGAGAUCAAUCCGGCUCUUGGGAAGACACAAGAAGAAGUUAACACAACGGUCAACACAGCUGUUUCAAUUAUCUUAUCCUGUUUUGGUAAAGAACGUGAAGGUUCUCAUAGUCCCAGUUACCGUAUACCCAAGCCACAAAAAUCCAUCUGAACAUAUAUAAUUAAGUUCCAAGAAGUUUUUCAGUCCUAAAGUAUAAUAUUUUGUUAAUGACAGUUGCUUACUGAAUGACUUUGGUAAUCUCAAGCAAAAAAAUAAGCUUUUCAUCGAAGCUCAGUCACUAAUGAGACAGUAAUUCUCACUCAUGCUAAUGGAGGCUGGUGAAGUAAAGUGUCAGAUUUGCUCAUACUGUUUUAGAAUUUGUCAUAAAGUAGAAAAGUCAAGUCAAACCAUUUAUUACUAACAUUGCAGUAAAUCACAUUAUUACUUCUAUUUACUGACCUUGUUUUCGUUGCUAUCUAUAAAGUUCCUGGUUCGUUAAAAAGAAAGUGGACAUUUUUCUUAUGCACUAAACUAAGUUUUCUGGAAGAGAUUGCAAACUGUUAGUACUAGAUAAUUGUUCAACAAAUUUCUACAUGCAAAAACAGCCCACUACUUAGUAAGUAACAUUACUUUAGCUCACCUUCUGCAUUACUAAAACUUGAGUCAACACAUCCAACAUGUUAUCUUACAAAUUAAAAAGAAAUUGACAUUUUAAAAUACCAAGUAACUGGAUUUGGGAAGUAGUUUUAUAAUGGGUAUGUAUGUUUCAUUAUAAAUGAAAUAUUAAUUAACUUUAUAUUGAAAUUUUGCAGACAGACUAAUGUACAGAUGUGCUCUAGGCAUUAUUUUGGGGAAGUUCUAUUGCCUAUGUUCUACAGGAGGUCAGAAUAGAUGAUCACAAUGGUCUCUUCUGGUCUCAGAAUCUAUGGUUUCAUAGAACCAUAGAAUGGGAAUGCACCAUGUGAACUCCCUCUGGUGGCUAAUAACUAAAUUGAACUUCUUCCAGAGACUGAUCUCAGUUAAGUCAGAUAACAUUGGCAUUACAGACAGUUGUUCAAGUCUUACUAGAUGAGUUUCCUCUGAUCAAAUACAUUAUAUACAGAAAUACCUAGGGUGACCACAUUUCCCUAAGGGAAAACAGAAUACUGUGUGGGAUAGCCCGAGCCCCUUCCCCCCCCGCCAACUGCUCACCUGAGCCUUGCGUCCCCCCGCGCGUGGAGCUGGCAUCGCCGCUCACCCCCUCCCUCCCCUGCAUGUUCCACCGCAUCCCACCCCACUUUUUUGAUGAAAGUGGGCAUUUGUCCCAUUUGCUCUUGAGAAUUGAUAAAGUUGGCAAGAGCAAACAGGAAAACAUGCCCACUUUUGCCAAAAAGUCAGGACAGCUGGGACAGGGCUUAAAAAAGGGACUGUCCUGGCCAAAACAGGACAUAUGGUCACCUUAAAAAUACCAGAUCAUUAAAAACAAUCAACUACGUGCAUGCCUCUGCAUUCUCCAUGCUGCCUCCUACACAGAGAACAGUCUCUCAAUUCUUAUGCAUCAGGCCCUUCUUUCACCUCCCGCAAAUCUGAUUAUUCAUACCUGCUGUGUUUGUCACAAACAUUAACCCAUGCUGCCAUUGCCUGGGCAGCUGAGGGUCUCACCUUCAGGUUUAAACUCUACGAUCAGCCACCCAAAUGUAGGACUGAAAUUGUACACAAACUAUGCUUUGCUGUGACAGUCAUUUAAAGCAUUAGCAAAAAAACGCAACUUCUAACCUAAAGCAUUCAGUCCAAAGUAGGCAAUGUUAGGCAAACAAUCAUUUCUUUUUAGACCACUGACGGUUAAGAUAAGAGAUUAAAGGACACUCACAUCAAA